AUGUCGCAAUGGACUUUCUCCUCUGUUCGCGUACAUCUGACUGCCAGCGGGCGUGGCGGUACCGGUGUACAUACACCAAAUGUACUCGCUUUAUUACUACUGCCAAUACUUUGUCUUGUUGGAUUAAUCGGCAAUGCUAUGGUCUGUAUUGCUAUUGCAACCGAUCGACGUCUACAUAAUGUUACCAAUUAUUUUCUUUUCUCAUUAGCCCUAGCCGAUUUACUUGUCUGUUUACUGGUUAUGCCAUUAAGUAUUAUCGUCGAAGUUAAGCAUGGUGAUUAUAUACAAGUUUUAUUUUCUUUUUCCUUAUUACUUUGCCCCCUAAUGCUUUGGUGGGGUGACAUAGGCGUUUGGGCAGAUGCCAGUAUCGUUCAUAUGUCCGUUAUAUCAUUGGAUCGUUAUUUGGGCAUAUCACAACCACUUCGUACAAGGAACAAAUCAAAAACGAUGAUUAUUGUGAAGAUUUGUCUCGUCUGGAUUAUCACGUUGAUCGUGUCCUGCCCUAUAGCCGUACUGGCAUCUUAUGACCAUACCUACAUACUACAGAAUAACUCCUGUACAAUAUUCAGUCGUCACUAUAUCAUAUACGGUUCGACGCUGACAUUCCUAAUACCGUUCUGUGUGAUGUUCGUUACUUACCUACGAACUACUACAUUACUCAAUAAACAGGCAUCAAUACUUAGCCAGAAAGCCAAUGAUAAGCUGAACGGAAAUGGAUUACGUCGCACAAUGCCACAUAGGAAACUCGGACACGUCCGUACUAACUCAACAUCCACUGCGGCUACAUUUACCAGUAGUACACUGAAAUCAACCAAUACGAUCACUUAUUCAAAUGGCUAUCAGAAUUCCGUUGUUGAUAUGGAACCUCCGCCACCACCACCGCCAUCCACUCAACAACAGCAACCACCACCGCCUACUUCACGUAUGACGGAAAAUCAUAGCCUGCUAUCACAUAAAUCACCAACAAAACGAUCCACUAUACAUCGCUGGAAAACGAGAACUUCUAGUUACUUGACUAAUAUCGCUCAAAGAGUUGCUCGACGGAAUUCAUUGCAGGCUGCCAGUCAAGAACUUGCCAAUGAGCACAAGGCUACACGUGUACUGGCCGUGGUAUUNAUCUGUUUUUUCAUCUGUUGGACCCCAUUUUUCGUGGCCAAUUUCAUAGUUGGAUUCUGUGGUGCCCUGUGUUCUGUACCACCAUGGCUUGGAUCUGUAUUUCUAUGGCUUGGCUACAUUUCAAGCACCGUCAAUCCAAUCAUUUAUACCGUAUUCAAUAAGCGUUUCCGUCAAGCAUUUGUACGUAUUCUUCGUUGCCAGUGUUGUCAUACUGUACGGGAUCCAUCUUCAAUUUAUUCACGAAAUUACACCACCAUCGCUCCCGACACUUUCAUAUGGUACUCCACAUGUAGCCCGUGGGGAUGUGUAGGUAGUGUGUGUGGGCCAAGAAGGAUACCCCACAUAGGAAUAUCGGGUAAUGCUGCUUUUCGCCGCUGUAGAGUAGUUAUAUGA